GGAGGAGGAGGAGGAGAGAAAGAGGCGGGUAGAGGACGGGCAGCAGCGGAGGUUCGGCUCCAGACUCACCGGAUCCGCGUCCGCCACCUCACCUCUCCAGGCUCAGCACCAGAGUUGACGAACGUACCGACCAAGGGUUUUGGGGGGAACCAAAAGGAACGAGCCGUCUCCAGACUUGGUGGCUACAUGCUCAGCUGUCUUUGGCUUUAAGAAGAAGAACCAUACCCGGCAGAAGGAAUCAUGGAUUUUGUAAUGAAGCAAGCUUUAGGUGGUGCCACCAAAGACAUGGGGAAGAUGCUUGGCGGGGAGGAGGAGAAGGAUCCAGACGCAGCCAAGAAGGAGGAGGAGCGUCAGGAGGCGCUGAGGCAACAGGAGGAGGAGAGGAAGGCUAAACACGCUCGCAUGGAGGCAGAGAGGGAAAAAGUACGGCAAACCAUCAGGGACAAGUACGGUCUGAAGAAAAAAGAGGAGAAGGAGGCGGAAGAGAAGGCGGCGAUGGAGCAGGCCUGCGAGGGAUCCCUGACACGCCCGAAGAAAGCGAUCCCAAGGGGCUGUGGAGACGAGGAAGAGGACGAAGAGAGCAUCUUGGACACGGUCCUCAAGUACCUGCCAGGACCUUUACAGGACAUGUUCAAGAAGUAAAACAAAACCACACAAAAAAAUCUAAAGUACCCUGAAUACAGGGUACGUUCUGGCUGCAGGGGUCAGGGACAUGGGGCGUCGCGGGGAUUCUUUUAAGGAUUUGUCGGCCAGAAGGAUUUGGUUUUAGAUUUCAGGGGAGCAGAAACCGGUCUGGGUGAGGGUUCAUGUCAAACUGUUAGGGGCUGCACACUGCCUUUGUAGAGAUCUUUUAUUAUUUUCUACUCCUCAACGAUUGCAUCGUUAACGUCCUUCUAAUAAUGUUUUCACCUGCAGACGAGUCCGUCUUUUUACUUCCUUUAGAUUUUUUAAAAGCGUUUUGACUGGUUCCUGUUACGGGACGUUAACGUUCCACAGCGGACACGAAUCAUCUUCCUUCACUGCCACUAAGUUUUCCAGCAUGCUGUUUUCAUACUGGGCCUUUUCUACUUUGAGGAACUUUUUCCUUUAAAAAAACAAACAAAAAA